UUAAGCCCUAAAGCCCAUUAUUCAGUGGGUUUAUGCCGAAGCUUCUCUGUUCUUCCUUGUCACUGCAAUUUACAUCUCCCUCUCCUACUUCUCCACAGUCCAGCAGAAGCAUAAGCAGAAGCAGCCUCCAAUGGCGCUUGCCCGCUCAAACCGACGCUUAAAUUAUACCCUACGUUUUCUUUCACCUCUGUGCAGAAACGACGUGAAUCCCUACUCGUCAUCCUCCGCCGCGAUCGACCAUCAACUCGACGUUGUUAUAGGAGAGGAAGGCGACGAAAGACCCUCACUCCUCGCCGCUGAGCUUUCCCACGCGGAAACACUUGUCGUUGAUAAAUUUUAUUCGUUAAUUAAAGACCAUCACCGCAAGAACCCCAACCUCCACUUAAACCCUAAAGACUCGCUAAGCCCUAAUGUUGCUUUCCCAUCUCUGUCUUUUGAGUUCUCGAAUAUAUCCGCUGUUCAUUCUCCAUCCCCUGACGUCGUCCGACAUGUGAUAGAAAAAUGCGCCGCCCCCCGCUACGGUAUUCCGUUCCCGCAAACCCUCGCCUUCUUCAACUGGGCCAUGUCAACGUUGGAGCCUUCGCUAUCUCUGGAGCUGUUCAAUGAAAUGAUCGAUCUUUCUGGAAAGGUACGCCAAUUCGAUGUCGCCUGGCAUUUAAUUGAUUCAAUGAGAACGCAAAAUAUGAAGAUUCCUUUGGAGACGUUUUCAAUUCUGAUUCGACGUUAUAUUCGGGCUGGGAUGGCUGCGGAAGCGGUACACACUUUUAAUCGGAUGCAGGAUUACGGAUGCGAACCUGAUAGGAAAGCUUUUUCCAUAGUGAUUGGCAUGUUGUGUCGCAAACGACGUGCAACCGAAGCUCAAGCGUUUUUUGAUAGCUUGAAGGAUAAGUUUGAGCUCGAUGUUGUUGUGUAUACGAGCUUAGUGCAUGGCUGGUGCCGGGCAAGUAACAUUAAUGAGGCGGAGAGGGUUUUCCGGGAAAUGAAGAUGGCUGGGAUCAAACCGACCGUGUAUACUUAUACUAUUGUGAUUGAUGCACUGUGUAGAUGUGGGCAAAUUACGCGUGCCCACGAUGUGUUUGCUGAAAUGAUUGAUGUGGGGUGUGAGCCAAAUGCAGUUACUUUCAAUAAUUUGAUGCGGGUUCAUGUUAAGGCAGGGAGAACUGAGAAGGUGCUACAAGUAUAUAAUCAGAUGAAGAGGCUUUCUUGCGAGCCAGAUGUGAUUACAUAUAACUUUUUGAUUGAUGCUCAUUGUAAGGACAAGAAUCGGGAUGAUGCAAUUAAAGUGCUUAAUUCCAUGAUUAAGAAAGGGUGUGCGCCGAAUGCGUCGAGUUUCAACCCGAUCUUUAGAUGCAUAGCUCAAGACCAGGAUAUCAAUGCUGCUCAUAGGUUGUUUGUCAAGAUGAAGGAUGUGAAAUGUAAGCCUAAUACGGUAACAUAUAAUAUAUUGAUGCAGAUGUUUGCUGAAUCAAGGUCUACUGAUAUGGUUAUCAAACUCUGGAAGGAAAUGGAUGAAACUGAAGUAGAGCCUAAUGUGAAUACUUUCAAGAUUCUUAUUUCAAUGUACUGCUCGAUGGGGCAUUGGAACAACGCCUACAAAUAUUUUAGAGAGAUGAUUGAGGAGAAGUGUUUGAGACCUAGCCCAAAGGUCUAUGAAAUGGUUAUGCAGCAGCUGAGAAAAGCAGGUCAGCUAAAGAAGCAUGAGGAAUUAAUGGAGAAGAUGGUGGACAGGGGAUUUUUAACUCGCCCACUGUAGGAAUAAACUGCACCAGUCCUCUAGUAGCUUAGCAGCAUGUUGUCACAUUGAAGAUAAAAAAGAUGAUGCUCUGUAGCAAAACCACUGGUAUCAAGCUACAAGUUGUAAUAUUGUCUGAAUGUAUCAGAGACAUGUCAAGCUGAACUCCGCUGUUGGAAUAUUAGAAUGGUAGUAUGAAAGAAUUAACUUCAUGAUGUCUGGGAAA